AUGGCCCUUCUUCGUGUAUCCAGUCUGUCACUGUUCCUCUGUAAUCGACCUGCAACGGGACCAAAGUGUGCAGAAAGCACACGGGCUAAUGGCUACACAGAAUCGGACCACAGAACAGCAGUACAAGAGUCGCAAGCCCCUUUUAUGUGUACACUCUUAGACGCUACGGAAUACGCAUUCUAUUUGCCAACGAUUGUGUACGGUCCUCUAGUUGUCUACGCCGACUGGGAUGAUUUCGUGCAUCAGAAAAAGCCGAAACAGUUCACACGAUCACUGGGUCGGUUUCGUCGUCUUACACUGCCUCAUCUGAUCGGUCGGGCCAUUCGACUCCUGGCCGCAGCCGCAUUCGGGACUAUCUUGACCUGCACUCUGUACGCCAAAGCCAUACUGAGCUACCCGAUGUAUUUGAAUAUGCACUCAUCCAAGGCGUCCUUGAACCCAUGGCACGAUCGAGGAAUCCAGGUCCGAUCCUGGACCGUUUGGAGUUGUCUGCAUUUGGCCGGGAUCAGUUUCUACUACUUUCACACUCUGAUCUACGGGAUCCCCGGACUGAUUGCCGACACUGAACAGUAUGUGAUCGAAACCGUGCAAGGCUGGCAGUCGGAGGUGCGACGACAAGAGAUUGAACGUGAAAAAGCCAAGUGGAACGGUCUAUCACUCUGUCUAGUUCCCGGUCCACCGUCUUGCGUGUUUCGUAUCACCUUGUUCUCCGAGAUGUGGAGAACAUUCGAUCGAGGAUUAUACAAUUUCAUGUUCAGACAGAUCUAUCUCCCCCUACGUGGUGAUAACACUGAUCGGGGCAACUCAUCCGUAUUGGGCUCGAUCCCGCGACUGGGACGUGAUUUUUUGGCUAUGGCAAUGCCAUUUCUUUUUGUGCUUCUCUUCCACAGUGUGAAUAAGCAUAACACCGUUUGGAUCGUGAUCAAUCUGAUUCAGUUCCUUGUCGAAAAAUGCUUCCGAUGGAUGGACAAAAACACCGAUUUGGGACGAAAACUGAAGGAACCGGCUUGGAUCCAUUGGCGUCAUCGUCUACUCGGUGUGUUACAUUCAGUUAGUCUUAUGACUUCCUUGAUUGGACUAAUCUUUUUCCUGUUCGGUUACGAAGUUGGCAUGGCAUUCGUCAAACACAUUGUCUUCUCUUAUGACAUCGAACGGCGAAUCACACACAAAGGCGGCAAAUCUCAGGAAGAACUGACCGGGAGCAUAUGCGACAAGUUGGACAAACCGGUUUCCGGCACUGUAACCGAACUGGAAGUAAACGAAGCUGAUGAUAGAUAA